AUGUCAAAGGCCGAGAUCAUCGAAGAGAUCGCUCGCUUGGGGGAAUUGCCUCCCAAGAGCUGGAACAGGACGGAGUGCAUGAUUCGCAUGGAAGAACUCCGGACCGCCCAUGGGUUGACGCCCAAUCCCAAAGCCAAGACAGUCACACCACUGAGGACCAUGAUGGUCCAACUCAAUGCUGCAGCAACCAAGAAGGCCAACCUCGUGACCUUCGUGAAGGAGUUGGGAGUGGUGGUCGCUCCCAACGACACCAUUCCCAUCUUGCAGAAGAAGGGAGCCUUGGCCAUCUACGAUCGGGCCCCAGCAAGUCCAGAGGACCCAGUAGGCUUCGGGAUGCAUGCAGCCAAAACCUACCAGGAGAUCCUGGUCCACGAGGCCAGCUACCAGCGGUGGGUGAUCCAAACCUUCGAGGAACAGGAGGGACAAGCCUGUGCCCGCCUGUGUCGCCUUGCUCGAUGGCUACUCGACCAGCGAGCUCAGAAGGACAUGACGCCCAUGAACGACACACAUGCUCCAGCUCCAAUCACCCGAGAGGAGUUGAUGUCCAAGGGUUACAAGACUACCAAGGUGGAGCCGGACGCCAGGUCCAAGAUCUCGAAACAAUCCGGAGCUUCAUCCAGCACGACGCAGUCAGUGCUGGUGGCCUUAGUGGAGACAGUUCAAGAGCUGAAGGAAGAGGUUUCCAACCUCAAGGGCAGUCAGGGAGAGCCUCCUCGCAAGAAGGCACCGUCCUCCAGCGAAGCCAGUGCUCAGAGCUUCGAAAUGGUCCAGAGGCCUUAG